AUGGAGGUUGACUUAACGGUAAGGCGCAACAGGUCUCUUGUAGCUGACGGCACUGAAUUAGAUAAAGCAUGUAAUUUGCGGCGAGUAAUUGACAUUUGUGAGAAGAAGCUUAAGCUUAAAGAAAACCAGAGAAUGUACUCUAUGACGCACAGAAAAAAUAAAAAACAAAAAAUAAUUGAAUUAUGUUCAAAGAAUCCCGAUGCAACUAAGUCGUUGACGCCUCGUGCUGGCCCUGGACGCCCACGUUUAGAAGAAGAACAGUCUGAAUUGCUAAAAAUAAUAAUUGAUUUAGCCCUGUUUGGUGCUUCUGCUGAAAAGCGCCGUCGUUGUGAGCUAGUUCGCAUGGUCCAUACGCUUUCAGAACUUACAAAUAAACUAAGCGAGAUGGGAUUUAAUAUUUCACGAAGUGCUGCUUAUAUUCGACUGUUUCCUAGACGGGCAAAUACACGAGAAGCUAAGCGCCAUGUAGUGACUGUGCCGGUGAAGCUGAGUCGUCCUGAAGCUGACCAAUAUAAGGCACACCAAGACCAAUACUUUUCUGUGGUCUCCAUAAGGUCGCUGGAAACGAUAGCCUCAGUACUUGCUUUUGACCCCGUAACUUUUUUAUCUCAGGAUAACAAAGCCCGCGUUCCCAUCGGCCUGACAGCGGCAAACAAGCAGGUGCCAUUAUUAAUGCACGUUGAAUAUAAAGUGUCGUUACCAGAUCACGACUUUGUGAUUGCUUCGGGGCACAAAUUAAUUCCAAGCGUAUAUGCUUUGUGUGAAGUGAAACCCAAUGAUAUGGGACGACCAGAAGCUGUUUUAUAUAGUGAACCAACUUACAUAGCAAUACGAAGUGGCAAGCACUCUUCGUCAACUGCAACUAGUCACGCUCAAGACUUGAACACUCUUUUAACAAUUGAGUAUUUUUCCAAAUUUAUAAAGAAUAUAGACAGCAAAUUUAAACCUGUUCUUAUAAUUUCAAGUGACGGUGGGCCUGACGAGAAUCCGCGAUAUCGCAAAUUGAUCGCACACGCCAUAGAGUAUUUUAAACAAUAUGAUUUGGACGCAGUAUUUAUUUAA